AUGUCUGGUAGUCAAUUUUUAUUUCAGUUCUUAGAGAAUGAAAACAUUUUGCGACGUUCUUCAAGACAGCGAAAAGAAACACAAGAGUCAUCGCGGAAAGAAUCACAGGAGUCAACCCUGGGUGUGGAGAAGAGAAAAACCCAGAAAAGGUAUUUGGUACUAGUUACGAUUGAAAAGAAGUUGCCAAAAUCUGAAGAUGAAACAAGUGACUCAUCUAUGGAUAUUGAGUCGACGCGUAAGAGACAUCAAAUAUCAUCAAAACCACAGUGUAAGAAACGAUUACGGAAGCAACAGAUAAGUUCUGAUGAUGAUGAUUCCGAAGGCAAUCGUCCAAUACGUCGGAGCAAAGUUGCUGCAGGAAGAAGUCGUAUAAAUUAUCGAGAUAUCAGCUCAGAUGAAGAGAUUAAUACUGACGACGUAUUGGAAUGGGACGAAGGCGACACAGUUGAAGAUACUUGUGCAGCAGAUCACUCUGCUUUGAGUUACGAAACAAUUGAGAAAGUACUCUGCCAUCGAGCUGGGUAUCCUGGCGCAACUGGAGCGUCUACAACAUGUUAUAAUGUGGAAGAUAAGGGCGAUCCAAAUAUAAAACUAGCAGAAAACUACAGUGAAAAAGAGUUGGAACGUCAAUAUUUAAUCAAAUGGCUAGGUUGGUCACAUCUUCAUAACACGUGGGAAUCGGAAAACAGCUUAAAACUAUGUAAUGCAAAGGGAUUGAAAAAAAUUGACAAUUAUAUGAAGCGCCUGAGAGAUAUUGAAGAAUGGAAACUCACUGCAGAUAAAGAAUAUAUUGAGUUUUUCAAUUGUGAACAAGAAAUGAACGACGAACUUAACGAACAGUACAAGAUUGUUGAACGAGUGAUAGCUCAUCAAGUAUCGCGUAAUCAAAGUGAAGCAGAAGGGAGAGAAUAUUUUGUUAAAUGGUGUGGUUUACCUUAUUCUGAAUGCACAUGGGAAGAAGAACAUUUGAUUGCUCGUCAGUUUCAGCAUAAAAUUGAUGCAUAUUUUAUGAGACGAAAUAAUGGGAAAACACCCAACAAACAUUGCUUGGCAUUGAAAAAACGACCAAAAUUUGAAAAACUCAAUGAUAUCCCUAGUUUUUUAAUACGAAAAGAUGAUUCAGAGCAUGAAUUGCGCGAUUAUCAGUUAGAGGGAGUGAACUGGAUAUUACAUGCUUGGACCAAAGAAAACAGUUGCAUUCUUGCGGAUGAAAUGGGUUUGGGCAAAACAAUCCAAAGUAUUAGUUUUUUAUCUGUACUCUAUCACAAAUAUUAUCUCUAUGGGCCAUUUCUGGUUGUAGUACCAUUAAGCACAAUGGCAUCGUGGCAGCGUGAAUUUGAAAUGUGGGCACCAGAUCUUAAUGUUGUCACUUAUGUCGGUGAUGUCACUAGUCGUGAUUUGAUAAGACAAUUUGAAAUGUUUGUACAGAGCACAAAACGGCUAAAAGCUAAUGUUGUAUUAACAACGUACGAAAUACUCCUGAAAGACAAGGCAAAUUUUUUUCAUAACAUCAAAGAUUUAUCUUUUCUUGGUUCUUUCGAAUGGAGCGUAUUAGCUGUCGAUGAAGCACAUCGUUUGAAAAAUGAUGAAUCACUGCUAUAUCGUUCGUUAACAGAAUUCACAACAAAUCAUCGAUUGCUCAUAACAGGAACGCCACUGCAAAAUUCAUUGAAAGAACUCUGGGCGUUGCUCCAUUUCAUUAUGCCAGAAAUGUUCGACAGUUGGCCUGAGUUUGAGACUGAACAUCAUGAUUCUAAUCACAAAGCUAUUGCAUCAUUACAUCGCAAGCUACAACCUUUUUUGCUGAGACGGGUGAAAAAAGAUGUUGAAAAAUCACUACCAGCAAAGGUUGAGCAAAUCCUUCGUGUUGACAUGACUGCCCAGCAGAAGCAAUAUUAUAAAUGGAUUUUAACAAAAAAUUACAAGGAACUAUCGAAAGGUGUAAAAGGAUCCAUAAAUGGAUUUGUAAAUCUGAUGAUGGAGUUAAAAAAAUGUAGUAAUCAUGCAUCACUUGUUCGGCCAUACGAUCAUUAUGAAGAAGGUGUGGAUGAUCGAUUGCAGCAGUUGCUAAAGUCGUCUGGUAAAUUAAUCUUACUGGACAAAUUGUUAUGUCGUUUGCAAGAAACUGGACAUCGUGUACUGAUAUUCUCACAGAUGGUAAUGAUGCUUGAUAUCAUUCAGGAAUAUCUACAGCUUCGACGCUUUCCCUCGCAGAGAUUGGAUGGUUCUAUGCGUUCUGAUCUUCGUAAAGCAGCAUUAGAUCAUUUUAAUGCUUUAAAUUCAUCAGACUUUUGUUUUCUUCUUUCUACCCGAGCUGGUGGUCUUGGCAUCAAUUUAGCUACUGCUGAUACGGUGAUUAUAUUUGAUUCAGAUUGGAACCCUCAAAAUGACUUACAAGCGAUGAGUCGUGCUCAUAGGAUUGGCCAGAAGAAACAGGUCAAUAUAUAUCGGUUAGUGACUAAGGCAUCAGUCGAAGAAGAAAUUGUGGAAAGAGCAAAAAGAAAGCUAGUAUUAGACCACCUUGUCAUUCAGAGGAUGGAUACAACAGGUCGAACAGUACUAUCAAAAACUAAUGUGUCUAAUAGUACAAUACCUUUUGAUAAGCAAGAGCUGGCUAUGAUUUUAAAAUUCGGAGCGGAAGAGCUUUUUAAAGAAAAAGAGGGUGAAGAACAAGAACCAGAAGUUGAUAUUGAUAAUAUUUUACAAGGCGCUGAAACACGGGAAUGUGAUCAGCAGGACUGUGGCAGUGAGUUACUCAAUGCCUUUCGUUACGCAGAUUUUUCAUUUGAUGAGAAUAAAGAUGUUCCAAAGUUAAAUAUGUCAACUGCUGCAAGCAAAACAAAUCAGGAUUCGACAACAUCAAAAUCUUGGGAUGAAAUCAUUCCAGAAGCUGAUCGAAGAAAGAUUGCUGACCAGGAAAGAGAAAGAGCUGAAAAGGAGCUUUUUCUUGGUCCCAGACAAAGGACAAAGAUACCAGAGGUGGCUGCAGAUGCUGGUGAUAGUGAUGAAGAUAGGAAAAAAAAGCUGAGACGGAAACGUGGUAGGGAAUCGCCAUCAAGUGAAGAAGAAGAAGGCUCAGAUGAAGAUAAACCAAAGCGUGGGCGGAAAAAGAUGCUUUUCAAUUUUACUGAGUCAGAAGUGCGGAAAUUCGUUCGAAGUUUUCGAAAAUUUGCAGAGCCGUUGACUAGGUUAGAAGCAAUAGCUCAAGAUGCAGAAUUGGAAGAGUUUAGCAAAAAUGAGCUUCAACAGCUGGGUAAUGAACUGCUAAUUGGGUGCCAAAAAGCUCAAAAUGAUUAUGAAGCGGUUUUUAAGGAAACAGUGAGAAAACCGUCUGAGGAUGGGAGGAAGAAACAGGAUCGUGGAGCAAUUUUCAAAUUUGGAAAUAUUGAUGUGUAUGUACGACCACUGCUUAAAAUGCAGUCAGAUCUUGUUCCACUGCAUAGUCUUGUCAAAAGUGCUGGGGAUAUCAGGCUGCUGCAAAUCCCAGGACAUCCGAAGAAGCAAAAAGGAUGGGAUGUUCAAUGGGAAAUCGAGGAUGAUUUAGCAUUACUAAAAGGGAUUUAUCGAUACGGUCUUGGUAGCUGGGAAGAAAUCAAAAUGGAUCCUGAUUAUGGUUUAGCAGAAAAAAUUUGGUUGAAAGAUAAAAGUAAAAAACCACAAAGUAAGCACAUUCAAGCUCGAGCCGAAUAUCUUCUGAAAUAUCUUGCCCGUUUUACAAAUGCUAAAGGAAGCAAUUUUUUAAUUGAUGUAUUUGUUGUUCAGGAUAAAGCAAAUGAAAAGAAAACGUUGAAGGAUGAAAGGAAAGAUAAAAAAUCGAAAGGAGAACAUGGGGAGGAAAAGGCUGGUAUAGAGAAAAAAGAGUCGAAACUGAAAAAAGAAAAAAUUGUGGCAAGUUUGAAUCAUCUAAGCAUAAACAAAUCAAAGUUUAAGAAGGACAUUGAAAACAAGAAAUCGUCACAAUUCACGGAGUGUGUGAAAAUCAUGCGACCUGCUCAGAAAUACAUGAGAAAGUUGGUUCACUGCGAUGGCUUAAGCACAACUGAUUCUUUGCGGUAUUUGCUCAAGAUUGGUGAUCAUAUCAAUGAACAUCUCGGACAAAUCAGCUUGAUGUCUAUUUCUGAAGAGCAUGUGGAAAAAUGGCACUCAUAUCUGUGGAUAUUUUUUUCGUGUUUCACUCGUCAGGAACCCAGCGAUUUACUGAAACGUUAUCGUAUUGCUGCGAAAAAUCGCGCUGAUAAUGAUGGAGAUGUACAUUUUUUAUUUGAAACUCAUCGCAAACAUCAUCACCAUCAUCACCAUCACCAUGAUAAUAAGAGCAAUCAAUAUAAUGACAACUCAGCGAAUCAGGGUGGUAUAUUAACUGUCGGUAUUGGUGCAAGUGAUCGAAAAUUAGAAACCACAGUUAGUGCUAAAAGUGAUGCAAAAGCUAUAAAGGAUUCAAAAUAUUUUCGUUCCAGCAGUGAUGGAAAAGAAGUAAAUAGGGAACAUCUAAGCAGGCCGGGAUCACAAAAACAUAUACAUUCUGCGAAGCAGGAGAAUAUUUUGAGAAGAAGGGAUGAAAGCCAGCAGCAUGUUGAAAUUAAUGAUGAUCUUGACAGCUACAAACCAUCAGUAUCACAGUUACAGCAAUCCUUUCCUUCGUACUCGAAUUUUAACGAUAAUGAUAAUCACAAGGAGCACUCAAAUCUGCGUGGAGAUUACAGUAAUAGUAGAUUCUAUCAUUCUCAUCGUGAUCGUUCUGGUUACCGCGACUUGGCUGCUAAUAGGCAUGAACAACAAUAUCACUUCAGAGAUCAUAGGCGAGAACAGAACUAUCACCGAGAUGAUCGAGUUUCUUAUUGGGGAAGGAAUCAUACUGAGCUGCAUCAUGAUCAUGGCGAUCGUGAUUACCGACAGGAGUUCCGUUAUGCGUCAAGUUCUUCAAAUCCUAUUAGUGCUGAUUCUUCACGCUGGUCUGGAAAUAGUGUUUCAUCUCUUCUCCCAUCUCAUUCAGUAACACACUAUGUAAGCAGCAAUAAAAUACCAUUUCUAAUUUCUUCCUCAUCUCGGCCGUCUAGUAUCACCGAAACAAAAUCAUACACAGCUGUCGUGCGCGAGAAUAAUUCUAUACAUAUCCCCUUUGUGCGACCGCCACCAUUGCCACCGCAAAUACCGCCGUAUCUGGAGCCACCGCGGUGCAAAGAUUCGUAUAGUAACAAUAUUGUUAGUACGAGUGACUCAAGAAGGUAG